UAUUUUUAUUGAGAAUAGGAAAACGGUUGGGGGGCCACCUGGGAACCUGUCAGGGGCCAGAUUUGGCCUGCGGACUGUAAAUCUAGUAUCACUGGGCUAAAGUUUGGUAAAAAUGCUGAUUCAGAUUUGAGAAAUCGUUAUUGUAUUUGGGAAAAUGCAAAAAGUGUGAUACUCAGAUGAGUGAAACCUGGACGAGAUUAUCCCAGAGAGGCUGCGCACAGAUAAAACAAACCAGUUUCAGAUAUUUGUAAAAGUUUCGUACAAAGUGUUGUAUUUAUGUUGGAAGUCUGCUUCCCGCUGCCAGGCGUCAGCAGUGCCACGCCCACGGAGGAGAUGAACGGAGCCGGAAACCUGAUGGAUUUCCUGGAUGAGCCUUUUCCCGACGUGGGCACGUAUGAAGACUUCCACACCAUCGACUGGCUGAGGGAGAAAUCCAGAGACACGGACCGCCACCGCAAGAUCACCAGCAAGAGCAAAGAGUCCAUCUGGGAGCUGAUCAAGAGCCUGCUGGACGCCUGGUCGGGGUGGGUGGUGAUGCUGCUCAUCGGACUCCUCUCAGGUACGCUGGCGGGUGUGAUCGACCUGGCGGUGGACUGGAUGACGGACCUGAAGGAAGGCGUGUGUCUGUCGGCGUUCUGGUACAGCCACGAGCAGUGCUGCUGGACGUCCAACGAGACGACCUUCGACGACCGAGACAAGUGUCCCCAGUGGCAGAAGUGGGCGGAGCUGAUGACGGGUCACGCCGAGGGCGCCGGAGCGUACGUGCUGAACUACUUCCUGUACAUCCUGUGGGCUCUGCUGUUCUCCUUCCUGGCGGUGUCGCUGGUGCGAGUGUUCGCUCCGUACGCCUGCGGCUCAGGAAUCCCGGAGAUCAAGACGAUCCUGAGUGGCUUCAUCAUCCGCGGCUACCUGGGGAAAUGGACGCUGCUCAUCAAGACGGUCACGCUGGUUCUGGCGGUGUCGUCGGGUCUCAGCUUGGGGAAGGAGGGCCCUCUGGUCCACGUGGCGUGCUGCUGCGGAAACCUCUUCUGCAGCCUCUUCUCCAAAUACAGCAAGAACGAGGGCAAGCGCCGAGAG